UGGGGUUGAACAGUACGUUCUUCUGCUCAUCGUUGUCUUGAUCGUUCUUUGCUUCUGAAUUCGUUGCCGGGUUGACGGGAUUUCGACACAUCAAAAUGGCUCUUUUAUCCCUACGUUUGGCUUCCUCCAUAGCGAGGCAAUUACCAAAUGCUACGAUUCAGGUGAAGUGGCCUGCUGUUGGUGUUGCCUCCUGCAAAUAUCAUGUAUCCUGCAGUCGCCGCUCUGCUGAAAUUUCUUCAAUCUUGGAAGAACGUAUACUUGGUUCAGCUCCAAAGACCAAUCUUGAAGAAACUGGUAGAGUACUGAGCAUUGGAGAUGGUAUUGCUCGUGUCUAUGGUCUUAAGAACAUUCAAGCAGACGAGAUGGUGGAAUUUAGUUCAGGGCUAAAGGGUAUGGCUCUGAAUUUGGAGCCUGACAAUGUAGGUGUUGUCGUAUUUGGUAAUGACAGGCAUAUUAAGGAAGGUGACAUCGUUAAACGUACCGGAGCUAUUGUUGAUGUACCCGUGGGCGAGGAGUUACUAGGACGUGUCGUAGAUGCAUUGGGUAACCCUAUUGAUGGCAAAGGACCGCUCAAUAACAAACAAAGAUUUCGAAUUGGUACCAAGGCACCUGGUAUUAUCCCUAGGGUGUCUGUCAGGGAACCUAUGCAAACUGGAAUCAAAGCCGUCGAUUCCUUAGUACCUAUUGGUCGUGGCCAACGUGAGUUGAUCAUUGGAGACAGGCAGACCGGAAAAACUGCUCUUGCUAUCGACACAAUUAUUAAUCAGAAACGAUUCAACGAUGCUGGCGAAGAGAAGAAGAAAUUGUACUGUAUUUACGUUGCCAUUGGUCAAAAGAGAUCCACCGUUGCACAAAUUGUAAAACGUUUGACGGAUAGCGGGGCCAUCAGCUAUACCAUCAUUGUUUCUGCAACUGCCUCUGAUGCGGCACCUCUUCAAUAUCUGGCCCCAUAUUCUGGUUGUGCAAUGGGAGAAUUUUUCAGAGAUAAUGGAAAGCAUGCUUUGAUUAUUUACGACGAUUUAUCAAAACAAGCCGUUGCUUACAGACAGAUGUCUUUGUUGCUAAGGCGACCACCAGGUCGUGAGGCUUACCCUGGUGAUGUAUUUUAUCUUCACUCUCGUCUCCUUGAGCGAGCGGCUAAGAUGAACGAGAGUUUAGGUGGUGGUUCUUUGACUGCUUUACCGGUUAUCGAGACUCAGGCUGGUGAUGUGUCUGCCUAUAUUCCCACAAAUGUCAUCUCUAUCACCGACGGUCAAAUCUUCUUAGAAACAGAAUUGUUCUACAAGGGUAUUCGUCCUGCAAUUAACGUUGGUUUGUCAGUAUCCCGUGUCGGUUCUGCCGCUCAAACAAAAGCCAUGAAACAGGUUGCAGGUUCCAUGAAAUUGGAAUUAGCCCAGUAUCGUGAGGUAGCAGCGUUCGCACAAUUCGGUUCCGAUUUGGAUGCCGCGACCCAGCAACUGUUAAACCGUGGUGUCAGAUUAACAGAACUUCUGAAACAGGGACAAUAUGUACCUAUGGCUAUUGAAGAGCAAGUGGCCGUUAUCUACUGUGGUGUCCGUGGAUAUCUCGACAAGAUGGAACCUUCAAAAAUCACUGCCUUCGAAAAGGAAUUCCUUGCUCACAUCAGAUCCACGCAACGAGAUCUUUUAGAUACCAUCGCUAAAGAGAACACGAUCAGUGAAGCCUCUGACGCUAAAAUGAAGAAGAUUGUUACUGAUUUCCUUGCAUCCUUCGCGGGUUAAGGUUAACAUUUCAGUAUAAAUAAAUAAUAUUUCUCUGCUAUGCAAGAGCCAUGUGCAAAUGAUGUUCAUUGUUGCAAAACUGUCUAAUGUAUACCAUUUGCACAUUAUAAAUAUUAUUACAAAGAAUUCCACAUUUGAACGCUAAACAUGAUAGUCAUAUACAAAUGCUUAUACACAUUACAUGUUGAUCAUUAUCGAACAUAAGAUACUAUGAUUUCGGUUAUUGCGAACAAUUGCCUCUACUGAAAAUUUUUUCGAUCAUAGCAGGAGCGGAUGAAGUAUCAGAAAGAAAUGAGUAAUAAAGUUCUAGAAUUUUUUCAA